AUGCGACCAGCGCUGGGACCCACACAUCAGCCGCAGAUAGCGGUCGGCGUAUCGCCAAAACUGUCGGCCAAGAAGUCGGUGAAAAAAUCGGUGCAUUUCGCCCGACAGACACAAUGGAUGCGUGACAUCAAGCGAUACCAGAUGUCCGUCGACUGUCUGAUACCGCGCCUACCGUUUCAACGCCUGGUGCGUGAGGUGUGUCUCGAGCUCUGGCCUAUGGCUGACCUCCGGUGGCAGGGGUUGGCCAUCAGUGCCCUCCAGGAGGCGGCCGAGAAUUGUUUGGUUACCCUCUUUGAAGACUCAAACCUGUGCGCCAUUCACAGCCAUCGGGUGACGAUUAUGCCCCGCGAUAUGCAACUCGCCCGUAGAGUGUCCCGUGCCGUGUGA